AUGCUGGGAGGAAGCGUGGGGAAGUAAGAAGACGCCCCUGGGAGAGCUCAGCGCUUUCUUGGUGGUGAGGAGCCUCGAGGGGCUGUGAUGGCGCAGGUUUUGAACCUCAACAAUGAGGUUGUCAAGAUGAGAAAAGAAGUGAAGAAAAUCAGAGUUCUAACAAUUCGGAAACUAACUAGGCAUAUUACUAAAUUGAAGGGGAAAAAGGGUACUGAAGAUGCAGUGUUGAAAAAUCAUAGACGUGCACAGAGAUUACUAGAAGAAAUUCAUGCCAUGAAGGAGAUAAAACUCGAUCAGGUUACCAAAUCAGCACUUGGGAGAGAAAUUGACUUUGGGAUUAUCUGUAAAAAGCCCAAUUCUACAGCAAGAGACAGAGCAAUUGCUAGACUGAUGUCUCAUCCACUACUGAAGACUAAAAUUGCUAAUAUUAAAGCUGCGGUGGAAGCCUUUAAAAAUGCAAGACAGAAGCCAACUAGAGCUAUUUCUUCAAAAGAACAAGAAUUGGAACAGCAGCUUAAUAAGCAUCCUGGGGAGACCCAGCAUUCUAUUAAUAGUGAAACACUUAAACAAGCUGAGUCUCAAGAUAAAACAAAGGCAAAUGAAAAGCCAAAAAUUGGCAUGGGAAAAAAGCACAUUUUUGAGAGCGAGAUGCAGAAAAUGGCAGAAAGUGUGAAAAAACAUCCCUCAUACACUUCUGCUCUGCUUGACACUGAACAUCAUAAAUUAAUUCAUCAGAUUGAUCGAAUUGGAAACUCUGAAUAUUCAGAAGAAAACGUACAUUUGGCUGACAUUGUGAACAAGAGAGUAGGUGACUCUGAUAGAGAUCCAAGUAAAAGUGAGGAAAGUGGAAAGGAGGAAUAUUUUGAUGACAGUACAGAAGAGAGGUUCUAUAAUCAAUCUUCCAGCACUGAUGAAAGUAACAAUAAUGAUGAUUUCUUCAUUGGCAAAGUAAAGAGAAUGAAAAAAAGGAGAGCAACUAAUACUUCACAGCCUACAGAACAAAAAAUUAGAAAUAUGCUGCUAAAAAAACCAAAGGAUCCACAAUGUGAUAUGAUGCCGGGCACAAAUUCAAAAGACAGCAAUCAGAGCUCAAAAGCAGGGAAGCUGGAAUCUGUUUUUUAUUAUUCAUUGUCCAGCACUCAAAAACCUGAACAUGUGAAAAGAAGUGUUAGAGACCAUCUUCCUAGAAACAAGAAAACUUUUGAAAAAAAUCACCCACAGAAACAGAGGCCGAAAAGUUCAGCAGUGAAGUGUAAUACUGAGAAGAACCCUUCAGAGCAACCCCUUCACCCAUCAUGGGAAGCAAGCAGAAAACUGCGAGAGCAAAUGUCUCAAAUUACAGUAUUCCAAGGGAAAAAAAUUAAAUUUGAAGAUUAGAAUUUUCUUUUUAAACAUGGCAUCUCUGAUUUUUAGCUGUUUUUGCAAUGUUGCAUAUUGUUACAAUCCUUGCAACAUGUGUGCAAAGCAGUGUAAGUUAAAAAGAGGACUUUGAAGAAAAGCAGUUUUUCACUGAGCAACUUUCCAGUCUUGACAUUGGCACUUUUGUCAAAAAUAUUUUUAGUAGACAUAUUUUUAGAAGAUCUAAUAGAGAUCUUGCAUAAAAGGACCAGCGGGUUGAUUCUGAUCUGUCAAUACAUGUAGAAAUCCUUCACAGAGAAGAUUUUGAAUCUUCUGGGAGUUGUUGCUGAUGACCUGUAAGAUGAUUAUUGUCCUAGAGCGGAAGAAGGAAUCUCCAAAUAGCUAAAUUAAAACUAAGACAAUGGGUUCUUAUUUAUUUGAGCUUCAUUACAGAAAUAUGUUUGCUUUGUAUGCAUUUAAAUUCUAAUUCAGUUGCAAGGUUGAUUUUACGGUUUAUUUGUUCGUUUUUGCCAUUUAACCCACUACUCACUGCUUUUUUCUGUGGUUAUGAAUAUGAAACAAAAACAUAUGCAGUCUCAAGAAUAACACUGAUGAAUCUGAUGAAAGUAGACUGGUAUCCCUGAAAGAUUGUCAUAAUAAACCUAUAAUUUAAAAUAC